AUGGCCAACUUAGUCUCCUCGUUUAUGCUGUGGUUGAGUAUGAUAUCUACUAUCUACAAUGUGAAACUUAUAGCAUGUGGGAGUACCAAGGGAGAAUCAACCCGUUUCUAUGAUUUCAAGGUUCAAACUAAAAGAGUUACCAAACUUUGCAACUCCAAAGACAUUGUCACAAUUAAUAGUAUGUUUCCAGGACCUGUUGUUUACGCCCAAGAAGAUGAUAGAAUCCUAGUUAAAGUUACCAAUAUGACACCUUUCAAUGUUACAAUUCACUGGCAUGGUGUCCGGCAAAGGCUAUCAUGCUGGUAUGAUGGACCAUCCUUUAUUACACAGUGUCCAAUUCAAGCAGGCCAGAGUUUCACCUAUAAUUUUUCAGUGGUGAAGCAGAAGGGCACCUUCUUCUGGCAUGCUCAUGUUUCUUGGCUAAGAGGAACAGUUUAUGGUGCCAUGAUUGUUUAUCCAAAGAACAGGGUACCUUACCCAUUUAAGAUUCCCUAUCAAGAGCACAUAAUCAUACUAGGGGAGUAUUGGUUGCAGGACCUUCAAGAAAUUGAGCAUGCCACUCUUGCAAGUGGAGGACCUCCUCCUACAGCAGAUGCAUAUACCAUUGACGGUCAUCCAGGCCCCAACUACAACUGCUCCACUAAUGAUGUCUACCAAAUUGAUGUUAUUCUGGGGAAGACCUAUUUGUUAAGACUGAUUAAUGCGGGUUUAAACACUGAGAACUUCUUUGCCAUUGCUAAUCACAAAUUAACAAUCGUGGAGGCUGAUGCUGAAUACACGAAGCCAUUCACCACAGACAUAGUGAUGCUUGGACCAGGCCAAACACUGAAUGUCCUUGUAUCUGCUGAUCAACCAGUAGGAAAAUACUCCAUGAUUGUGGCACCUUACAAGUCUGGGAAGAUUGUCAAUUAUCAAAACGUUUCAGCCAUUGCCUGCUUCAACUAUAUAGGCGCUGCAUCUGAUAGCGUAUAUUUACCAGCUAAAUUACCUAAUCUAGAUGAUAAACUGGCUGUUAAGACAGUCAUGGACGGAUUAAGGAGUCUAAAUCAAGUCAAUGUUUUCAAAAAAAUUGAUACAAACCUAUUCAUCACCAUUGGAUUGAAUGUUCAAAAGUGUCAGUCGAAGACACCAAAGCAAAACUGCCAAGCCAUGAAUAAUGGGGUGCUGGCAGCUUCAAUGAACAAUAUAAGUUUCGUUCAUCCCAAUAUUUCAAUCCUGGAAGCUUAUUAUAAGAAGAUAAAAGGAACAUAUACUGAAGAUUUUCCUGAUGCACCCCCUAAGUUCUAUGACUUUGUUGAUGGUGCCCCUAAUAACAUUACAUAUGACACACAGUCAUUGAAUGGAACUCGAACAAAGGUCCUUGAAUAUGGUAGCAAGGUGCAACUCAUUUUGCAGGACACUGGGAUAGUCAACACUGAAAACCACCCAAUUCACUUCCACGGCUACAGUUUUUAUGUUGUAGGGUAUGGCACAGGCAACUAUAACCCACUAACUGCACAAUUCAACUUAGUGGAUCCCCCAUACAUGAACACAAUUGGUGUUCCAGUGGGUGGAUGGGCAGCAAUACGUUUUAUUGCUGAUAAUCCAGGGGUGUGGUAUAUGCACUGCCACAUUGAUAUACACCAGGCAUGGGGACUAGGAAUGGUAUUUAUAGUGAACAAUGGAAAAGGAGAGCAGGAGUCCUUACCACAUCCUCCACCAGACCUGCCACAAUGUUAA